UAAUGGUGUUACACAGCACGGUGUGUCCGCUGUUGUCCCGAUACGAGCGUUUGUGGGUCAAGUCUGACUCAGACAGUUAGAAAGACAUCUUUUUGACCACAUUCCGAACCGGCCUUCGUUGCGUUUAUGGAGCAGCGAGGGAGUCGAUGCAGCAGAAGGAGCUACAAAACGCGGAGACGCUAUGUAUGUUGCGAAAAGUUGAACCCCAACAUGUAAUGAACAUGAAACGGUAGGUGUCGAUUCGGACGUGUUCGAGCAGAAAAGGGCUGUUCUUCUGCAUGCGUGUUAUUUAAAUGGUCCCUGCUCCACACGACCACGGAGGCGACUCACUGAAACCAGCCAAGCGGUGCUCGGUGCUCGUGUGUUCUCGGUGACAUAACGUUGGAACAUGGAUCUGCUGGAGUGUCCGCUGUGCCUCUUCCUCAUGUGCGAACCGCUCACCAUGUCAUGCGGGCACACCUUCUGCCGGAGGUGCGUCGGAGGCUUCCUGCCCUCUAAAUGUCCAACCUGCAAGGAGCGGUUGAAGCCGAAGGAGUCGAAGAGCAUGAGGAACAACGUUCUGCUCAUCGGCCUGGUGGAGAAGUGCUGUCCAGAAGAGACAAAGAUGAAGUGCCAUAUUCUGGAGAAGCUGAAAGCCAAGGAGUUCACGGAUGCCCUGCGGGUGGCCAGUGAUGCUGCGGAUCUAGCUCCUGAUGACCAAAGCUUAAAGAUGUUCCGAGCCGAAGCCAAUGUGGGCCUGAAGUGUUUCUCUGAGGCGCUGAGAGACCUCGAUUACCUUGGCUGCCUUCGCCCCAAUUGGACCGAGGGCUUCUUUCGAAAAGGAAAUGUUCUCCUGGAAAUGGGUCAGCAGACCGAAGCCCUCAUCCAGUUCCACCGCUGCCUCAAACUUCAAUCUGACUUUGUCCCGGCAAAAAGCCAGAUUAAGAAGAUCCUGGAGGCGGAUGGCAUUUUAGUGCCGGACGAUGUGUCUUGUAUCAUGCAGGUGCUGUCGGAAUAUCUAACGGAAUCAUGUCCGAUUGGCAACCUUAGCAGCACUCAGGGGCCAACGCGGCUGGACCCCAUCAAGCCAGCACAAGAGGGCCAAGGAAGAAAAGAGCCUAACCAUGUGAAGAAUGACACGGGUACUGAGUGUUGCCUCAGUCUCUGUCAAGCUGUGUCCUUCCUUCCCGCUGCUGAGGAAGAUGAGGAGAUGAUGAUGAGGAGAGAAGACGGCUGUGGCCAGGGUGGUCAAUGCAGACAAAAGACACUGGAUGUUCUUACCGUGUCAGACUUUGAGUGCCCUCUAUGCAUCAGGUUGUUCUUUGAGCCAGUCACUACUCCUUGUGGUCACACCUUCUGCAAAAACUGCAUUGAAAGGAGCCUUGACCACAACCUGCGCUGCCCUCUCUGCAAGCAGCCGCUACAAGAGUACUUCAAAAACCGAAAGUACAACACGACAGCCCUGCUGCAGGAAAUCAUGGACACCCUGUUCCCGUCCCAGCUGGCGGAGAGAAAACAGGUCCACGAGGCAGAGAUGGCUGAACUCUCCAAUCUCACGAAGGACAUCCCGAUAUUCGUGUGCACGGUGGCCUAUCCUGGAGUGCCCUGCCCCUUACAUGUCUUCGAGCCGCGCUACCGGCUGAUGAUGCGCCGCUGUAUGGAGACUGGAACCAAGAGGUUUGGGAUGUGCAGCUACGAGCAUGGCAAAGGGUUUUCUGAUUACGGCUGCAUUUUGGAGAUUCUGGGUCACGAGCUGCUGCCCGACGGACGCUCCUACGUGGAAACUGUGGGUGGAAACAGAUUCAGGGUCCUCAAAAGGAGCCAGAGAGACGGCUACCACACGGCAGACAUCGAAUACCUGGAGGACCACAAGGUCAGACCGUCACUUGAAGGAAGCGAGUUUGAGCUGCUGCAGCGUCUGCAUGACAGCGUCUAUCAGCAGGCUCAGGACUGGUACCAGCGCCUCGGGAGCCGCAUUCGCGACCAGAUCAACAGGCAAUAUGGUGCCAUGCCGGACAUGGAGGAGAACAUUCAGGCCUCCGCCAACGGGCCAGCCUGGUGCUGGUGGCUGCUCUCCGUCCUGCAGCUGGACCCUGCCUACCAAACCACCGUCCUGUCCCUGACCUCCCUGAAGGAUCGCUUGGGCCACCUGCGUCUGGUCCUGGAGUACUUCUCUCAGAGUUAAACAUCAGCACAACAAAAACAAAAAAACUAAGCUAGACUGCUGGGUGAAACAAAUAGGUAAUGAACGCACUUGUCCAGCUAAACCUUGGUGUCGAACCAGCUUGAAGCUUGAUGCCACUGUUCAAUUGUCUCGUCUUUGGGCCAAAUCGGGUUGAUAGCAUGAAACUUGUUCUUUUUGAAAUGAUCAAGUGCAGCUGUUUGUAUUACACGUUUGAGCUCCGUGUUUUUGAUUCAUUUUCUUUUAUGUCUCCUUUUUAUUUGAAAGGCCGUAGCUCCGGUAUGAUAGCUCACAGGCCAAGUGGUUCUCUAGAUGAACACUUGGUGUCGCCAUUUACACCUUUGACUGCAUGACUACCGCCAGGAUCAGUCGCAGCUCAGCUUCAUCAUCUUCUCCGUCCUGGCUAGGUCUUACCAACACCAUCUUCUCCAUCCUGGCUAGGUCUUACCAACACCAUCUUCUCCAUCCUGGCUAGGUCUUACACACACCGUCUUCUCCAUCCUGGCUAGGUCUUAGCAACACUCGUGUGGAUUAGGAAAACCUGCAAUAAAUACGCUAGUCUCCCUUUUAGAGAUGAUCCUUUUAGAUUCACUGCAACUUGUCAGUGGAGGACUUGUGUGAUGGGUGAGGAUUUCACCACACUGUUUUUGUUAUUUGGCUGUAAAUAACAAACGAUUUGGGUUUUCGCCGCCAUCACCUGUGCAGAGGCUUGAUGACUUACUGGCCUCUGACUGGAGUUGGGGCGCAGCCAGAAUGACGGCCGUGACACCUACCUCUGGCCCUUCAUGUCUCUCUGUUCCUAUGAUGACGGUGCGCUGAAGAGUCUGGUUAUCACGAGACCUACAGGCUGCUCAACAGACUGUGAUCAUGCUGUUGGAAUGUCAAUGCUUAAGAGGACACGGGCGUAACUGGGUGAAACCGAAAGGCUUUUCUUCCUUUGAUAAACGUGCCACAUGUUUUACGUUUUGUUUACCAACUUGAACACUCUUGCCUUUUUCCUCAGUGGAUGUUUAUUUUAUCGUCAGUUUAAUUCCUCAGAACCUCCGGUCUUGCUUUCGUGAUGGAGCUGUUGUGUCGCGUGUCCUAACAAAGGCUGCAGCUAAAACACACAAGUGUGUGUGUGUGAAUAUCAGCGACUGCACACCUUUCCAGCAUCAGUUCUCCCGCUGCUAUGAGAAGCGAUUCAGAGGAAUUCAGUGAAAAAGGGACGGAGGUGUGAGGGCAUGGAGCCACGACCUCCUCAUGAAGCCUUUAAAAGUGAACACAGCAGUAAAAUCCUGGCCAUAAUUGUGACGCCCCUCAUAGUCACACGUCUUCAAACAGAAGAACAAUGUUUGCACGUAACCGAAUCAUUUUUGUACAUCAUUAAUCAUCUUCUUUUAUUGGAUAUUCCUGACUGUCAUUUUUACUCAAUGCUCUCCUCUCAAUUAAUAAAACAUUUGAUUG